AUGAGGCGUGGUACUCUUCUAUUCCUGGUCAUCAAUUUUAUAGUAAUUGGCUUCCUUGUAAAUGCCUUCAGCACCCUCAUAUCAUUACUCUUCAUAGAUGGAGCCGCAGAUGCAAUUCACCGCUCCGAAAUACCUGCGCCAGGUUCCGAAUUGAUCGAGAAUCGCACACAGCUUAUUCCGAAAAUUAUUCAUCAGACAUACAUCAAUGAGUCGAUUCCUGAGCGUUGGAAGGCGGGACAACAAUCGUGUAUUGAACUGCAUGAUGAUUAUGAAUAUAAGUUAUGGACAGAUGAAGCCUCAAGAGCUUUCAUUGCAACGGAAUAUCCUUGGUUUCUCGAUACAUUCGACAGCUAUCCCUUCCCAAUCCAACGCGCAGAUUCUAUCCGCUAUUUCGUGUUAGCACACUACGGAGGAAUAUACAUUGAUCUCGACGACGGCUGUAAACGACGUCUCGACCCCCUCCUCAGCUAUCCCGCCUGGUUGCGCAGAACAGUCCCUACCGGAAUCAGUAACGAUGCCAUGGGAUCCGUUCCCCAACAUCCCUUCUUCCUCCGCGUCAUCGAAUCUCUCCAAGCAUAUAAUAGAAAUUGGGGCAUGCCAUACAUCACCGUCAUGUACAGCACCGGCCCGCUCUUCCUCUCAGUCCUCUGGAUCGAAUACAUGCGAACCGUUACCAACGAAGCAGGCCGCGUGCGUAAUCUCAUGCCAGACGAAUACAACAAACACGCAUGGAGUUUCUUCAACAUCGUCAAAGGCAACAGCUGGCAUGGAAAAGACGCACAGACGAUUUUCUGGAUGGGCAAACAUUGGUUUUUGCUCACGGUUGCGGGUUUUGCGAUUGCGGGAGUCGUAGGUGGAUUUCUGUGGUUGGCGUGGAAUAUGUGGGUGGUGCGAUCGGGUAAAUCGUCGAGAAGGGGAAUGGCUCUUUGGAGAAGAGUCAGUGGGAAGGAUAGAUAUGAAUUGUUGGAUCGUUCGGUGUGA